CGCAGGAUUUGAACAGAAAGCAAACGGUAGGCCAGAAUGACAGAGUUUAGACAACCCAAGAGUACUACUUCUCGUAAAUGCCCAAAUCAGAGAGCCAGAAGUUAUAACGAGUUGAAAAGAAGUGAAGAGCAACUUCAGGCAGAGCUUUCCUACGUCACACAAAGGCUAGCGGCAGCAGAGACAACUAGUCAGCAAGCAACAUCUGCUCUUCAGCAGGCAAACGAAGAAAUUAAAGAUCUUCAAUCUAGCUUGGAAUUUCUUCAACAGGAAGUCAGAGCUGAACUCAUUGGGCAGCAGAACAAACACUUAUCAGAAAUCGAGGAACAUCAGUCAGCAAGCAAAGCUGAAAUUGGUCGACUUAACAAUAUCGUCAAUGAGGUGACAUUGCAAAGAGAUGCAUACGAGAGGCAGCUUGUGAAAGUCGGUAUCGAUCCUGUCAGCUUAAAGCCAUUUUCAGAACCAUCGCAAGCUACACAACAGCUGAUUGAGGGAAUGAGAGCCAACAGCAAGAAAGUACGACUCGAGCUUUCUCAGUCUUUGGAAAAUCUUGUAUCCGAAACAAAAACAAAUAUGGAAGUUGUAAAGGUGAUGAUGAGCGUUAAUUAAUUAGGUCGACAGAAAACUGAUUGCUUUAUUAUACUCGUAUAUCUAUAGUUUAGUAACUCUAGUGUUGACGUCGACUUUAUUCAUCUGUGCAUGUCAUGUUACUUAGCGUGCGUUAGUAAAUGCAAAUAUUAAUUAAUACCUAGACAUCACAGUUUGAUCUGGACGUUCUUUAAUUAAAGGUGUAACAAUCAAUAUUUCUU